AUGUCCUCCACCCUGGACGCCUUGAGCCCUUACCGUGACGCUGCGCCCAUCCAAGCCUUUGAGCUUCAACCACUCGACCCUACCCCAAAAGAGACACGGCGGGAGACCAAGAGGGAACAAAAGCGACGGGAGAAGCUCGAGCAGCUUCGCGAGGCCGACGAGAUGAAGUUCUCCCACAGCCUGCAGUUCAAUGCAGUGCCGGACUGGAGCAACCACUACAUUGCCUACAGCAACCUCAAGAAGCACCUUGAGACGCAGCUCAACCAGAAGCAGGCGCAUACCGAUGCCGAGUCCUCACCACUCCUCAACGGGGAUGCCGAUGAUCCAGACAAGGUCUUCACGAAUACCCUCGACACGGAACUAGAACGCGUCACGUCCUUCUACAAGCUCAAGGAGAAUGAGAUCUUCGAGGAGAUGGAGGCCCUGCUCAAGGACGAGGAGCUGUUCGAGUACCACCAGGAAGAGUAUAAUGAGGAGAACGAGAAUGCGCCGCCAGGGAAGAAGAUGCGCAGUGGAAGCGUCUUCAAGGCCAUCGGCUUCAACCGACCGCGGGCAAUGAGCGGUGCCAGCGGACGGUCAACAGACCACGGCGCAGAGGCAGAUGGAGACGAGGACGAUUCGGACGAAGACGUCGACGAGACCGCACAGCUGCGUAAGAAGAGCCCAGACGGUCAACGGCGACGCAGACGGACCACCGACGAAGACAUGGCAGCCUCGCACGUGUCCUCAAGACGGAAGACGAGCGUCGCAUUCGAGGACUACAACGACAUGGCUUUCUCAGCGCUGUACGACGAAGGCGUGUCGCUUAAGAAGCGGGCCGUCAGUGUUUACGUUUUGCUGUGCGAGCUGCGAUCUUUCAUCCAGCUAAACAAGACGGGUUUCGAAAAGGUGCUGAAGAAGUACGACAAGAUCAUGGACCGCAAACUCAAAAAGACAUACCUGAACAAAUACGUCUACCCGGCAUAUCCCUUCCAGCAAAGUACCAUGGACACGCUCACGCGGAACCUCGAGCGCAUGGAAGAAGCGUACGCGCAGAUUGGCACCAAGGGCGACAUUGUAGAGGCGAAGCGCGAGCUGAGACUGCAUCUGCGGGAACACGUCGUGUGGGAGAGAAACACAGUCUGGCGAGAGAUGAUUGGAAUCGAACGGAAAGCGCAAGCGGCCAAUAUCGGUAUUAGCCAUACACUGCUCGGACGCGACACGACGGGCGGCAAGAUCAGGCGGCAGGGAGACGAGGUCGAAUCAGACAUGAAGGAGGUGGAUACGCCGAUUGGAAGAUAUCGGUGCCCGCAAUGGCUCGUCAGCAGGACCUUUUGGAUUCUGCUUGCUUGCAUAGCGGUCUUCGUCGUGCUGCUCGUGGUGCCCAUUAUGGAGGCGCCUGAGCAGCAGAACUGUCUGGCCAUGGUGAUCUUUGUCAGUUUACUAUGGGCCACCGAGGCUAUACCUCUCUUCGUCACCUCGCUUUUGGUACCUUUCCUCGCAGUAACACUGAACGUAGUACGAAGCGACGUGGAACCCCACCGGAGACUGGAAUCCAAGGCAGCCGCAUCUUACGUCUUUUCUGCUAUGUGGACGCCAGUCAUCAUGCUGCUACUCGGUGGUUUCACAAUCGCUGCUGCGCUAUCAAAGUACAACAUCGCCAAGAUGAUGGCUACCUUUGUCCUUAGCAAGGCCGGAACGAAGCCAAGAACCGUCCUUGUAGUCAACAUGUUCGUCGCCAUGUUCGCCAGUAUGUGGAUCAGCAAUGUUGCCGCACCUGUGCUCUGCUUCUCCAUCAUCCAGCCCAUCCUCCGUAACCUCCCCGCCGAUUCCGACAUGACCAAAGCGCUGCUCAUGGGCAUCGCCCUCUCCUCCAACAUCGGCGGCGCCGCAUCCCCCAUCGCCUCGCCCCAGAACCUAAUCGCGCUGCAAAACAUGCACCCAGAACCUUCCUGGGGCGUAUGGUUCUUCGUCGCACUCCCCGUCUGCAUCAUCUCCAUCCUGCUAAUCUGGGUCUUCCUCCUCAUCACCUUCCAACCCGGCCGCGGCACCAGCAUCGUGCCCAUCCGCCCCUUGAAAGACAAGUUCACCGGCGUGCAAUGGUUCAUUAGCGUCGUCACCCUCGUCACUAUCGUCCUGUGGUGCGUGAGCCACCAGCUUGAAUCCAUCUUCGGCGACAUGGGCGUCGUGGCCAUCAUCCCCAUCGUCCUCUUCUUUGGCACCGGCAUCCUGACUAAAGAGGACUUCAACAAUUUCCUCUGGACCAUCAUCAUCCUCGCCGCUGGUGGCUUGUCCCUCGGUAAAGCGGUUAAUUCAUCGGGGUUGUUGCAUACGAUCGCGGAGUCCAUCACUGCCGGCGUCGAGGGCAUGAGUCUGUACGGCGUUCUCGUCGUCUUCUGCGCGCUGAUCGGUGUGGUUGCUACGUUCAUCAGUCAUACCGUUGCGGCGCUUAUUGUGCUCCCGCUUGUACAGCAGGUCGGGCAGCAGAUGCCGGAACCGCAUCCUAAUCUGCUGGUUAUGGGCGCGGUGUUGAUGGCUAGUGGGGCGAUGGGGCUGCCGACUAGUGGAUUUCCUAAUAUGACUGCUAUUAUGAUGGAAGAUCAACGUACUGGACAGAGGUAUCUUGCUGUUAAGCAUUUCUUGACGAGAGGUGUGCCGGCGAGUAUUAUUACUUUCUGUGUUAUUAUUACGGUUGGGUAUGGGUUGAUGCUUGCUGUGGGUUUUUAA